AAAAAAAAAAAAAAAGAAGCCCAGCCUUCCUGUUUCUUUAAAGCCGCUCAUCGGCGCGGCGGGCCGGCUGCCGGCGCUGGGAGCCGCGGACGCACGGACACACGGACGGAGCCCGCUGCGGCGCAGAUGGGCAGCAGCGAGGCGGCAGCAACAGCAGCAGCGGAGCGGCCGAGCGGGCGGCGCUGAGCGCUCCGCGCCAUGCGGAGCACGCCGCUGACCGAAGGCGAGCCCUGGCCGCGCCUGUGCCCCGCCGAGCUGGGGGGGCUGCGGCGGCUGCGGCGCAAGCACGGCUGCAAAAGUUUCCGCGUGGAGCUCAAAGUGCUCAGCGGGAGGAGGACGGGGCUCCGCGCCCCGCACCACAACCACAGCCACCCCGCGCCGCCCCCCGCCGCACCGCCGCCCGCCUGGCAGCCGCGCAGCGCCGCGAUCGCCGCCAGCGCCUUCCCCGCCGCCCCGCCGCCGCCGCCACCGCAGCAGCCGCCGCCGCCGCCGCCGCCCGCCGCCUCCCCGCGCCCGCGGCCGGGCGAGGCGUCCGGAGUCUCUCCGGAGAUCAAAGCCCUGCAGCAGACGCGGCGGUUGUUGGCCAACGCCCGGGAGAGGACCCGCGUCCACACCAUCAGCGCCGCCUUCGAGGCGCUGCGCAAGCAGGUUCCCUGCUAUUCUUAUGGUCAAAAGUUGUCCAAACUGGCCAUCUUGAGAAUAGCCUGUAACUAUAUCCUUUCCCUGGCCAGACUAGCAGACCUGGAUUACAGUGCUGACCACAGUAACAUGAGCUUCUCUGAAUGCGUGGAGCAGUGCACUAGGACCUUACAAGCAGAAGGAAGAUCUAAAAAAAGGAAGGUUACUUAACACUGAACCAAUUAGGUGAAAUCAUCGUCAAGCGGCAGGAGGAGGAAGCGGAGUGCUCUGCCAGUUUUCCUCUCGGAGAGUGACAUGGGUGAAUUAAAGGAGUGAUUGAUGUCUUUGUUCAGGCUUUUAUGACAAAAAGAGUUUUGUAAACUUGAAUUGAACUUCCCCCUGCAUUCUGAGCUUGCUUGUCAGGCGGGAUAAUAAAUCAGCAGGAUUUUAAUGGAUGAAUGGGCAGCUGAGCCGGGGAGCAGGCUCCUUCCCCAGUGUCAUUAAGAUCUGCCUCCAAUUCGGGCAGGUUUCCUCACUUUUCGUCCUCUUUAGCCCAACAAUUCAUCCUACAACAAUUUAGUUUAUAAAUAAGCACAAUAGCACACUCUCUAGCGCUUCCUCUCACUGUCAUGGCCUGUAUUUAUGACCCUGGGGCAGCAGUGCCAGGCAGAGAUGCAACACUGCUUGACCACAGCCAACAUCACUAGGUGAAACUGGGAAGUGCAUGUGGAGCUCCUGGGCCCAGAAUUUGGGGUUCAUUGUGGGGUCCAUAGUGCCACAAGCAGUGGUGUCCUAGGGACGCUGAUGUGAUGCCACUAACCCUAGGGCAAGGUGAGAGUUGGGUCUUGGGUCCCCCCCAAGCCAAGAUAGAAGAGGACAAGCAUCCUUCCUGGGGCUUCAGCAGAUUGCUAGUGGAGUCUUGAGUCACCUCCCCAGGUCAAGAUGGAAGAGAAGAAGAGGAUGAGCAUUCCUUUGGGGGCUUCAGUAGAUUUCUGAGUGGGUCUUCAGGCUUUGAGUGCCCAGUGGGCUGAGACUCAUUAUCCUGGCUUAUGUAAACCAAAGCAAGCUUGAAGACAAAACACAGAGCCAGAUUUCAAACGGCUCCAAAUCCCAGAGAGUUCACAUCUGAGGGUUAGGGCUGGAUCCAUCCUUAAUGAAAAAAAAAUUAAAUUAAGAAUUAGAAGCCUUCCAUUUAUGGCAUUUGUUCUCUAAAGUUUGCUCUGGAGCAUAUGCAUGGACAAAAGCCCCAAACCCAUUCGAGCAAUGAAACUCUAAUAGGCACAUCCUGCCUCCCAAUGGGCCACCACUGGCACACAGAUACAGCAUCACUAGGACAAAAUCUGCCUUAUCUCCAUGUUCUUGAAGGACACCCACCUUAACCCUUCCCCAGAGGCCCUAUCCAAAAAAGAAAGCUGGGCUUUGUACCUGAGGCAGGGUCUUGGUCCCUGCUCUGCCUUGUUUUUCUUUCUGGAAUGUGUCUUGCAAAUGUACUUCUGCUGCUUGGGAAAAUCCAAGUUUAGGGCAUUCUGUGGAUUCCCCUGGCUGAUAGGUGUGAUUUUAUCUCCAGCUAUAUUUGCUCAGGUGAUUGCAAGAGCACACUCAGCUGAUGAGGAACCCAAACACGGUACGUACCAAACCCAGUAGUAAUUCCCGGUAGGUGGGAGUGGGGAUGCAAAGCCUGUGCUGGGAGAACUCAUCUUGGUAUCUCCCUUUCUCCUUGAGCCAAGCAACUCAGUGGCAUCAUGAGCACAAGGGAGGGAAGUCACAGAUCCAGGAUGGCUGUGCAGGGAAGAUCCAGGCUCUGGAUGUCAGGUGAUGAUGUCAGGUCUCUCUUGGGGGGUCUCACACGGGCAGCUGAAUGAGGAUGCAAUGCCUUGGCCCCAAAUCACCGUGCCCUCAUUCAUUUGGAAAUAGUCACGUUUUUACUAAGCAGUGUGUGUUUUUAAACAGUUCUCCCAAACCACUGCUCACUGAGCAGUUCCUCCGAGUUACCGACCUUGGGGUGGUUGUUGUGUUUGUGGUGGUGUUGUUUCAGGGGUUUCCUUUUUUAAUCUCUCUUAAAAAGAAUCACAGCAAGCCCGAGCACAAACCUCUGCUCCUUGAGCUCUACCGCUGGGUCCACAGCACCCUUAUCUCCUGUCAUCUCCAUUUUAUUGUGUCUCUGCCUUUAUCACUCACUCUCUCAGCUCCCUGAUUGCAAUGUGCUGUGGCACUGUGAGCUUUUCACACUAAAAAGUAGCUGGUUGGAGUUUGUUUUGGCAGGCAGGGGCUCCAGAUGUUGCCUUUGCUGGAUCGUGCGUCUCCUUUUGCUUUGUUUUUGAGGGCGGAUUAUCUGUUGUCCUUAACGUUAGGUUGUUGUUCAGACUUUGCUGUUGCAAUAUGAAGCAUAAAGGGGUGGUUUUUCCCCCUCUUUCCACUCCAUUUUGUUAAACAGAAAAGUUGGCUUUAGCCUUUCAAACUUGACUAGGGGGAGAAAAAGCCCUCCCUUCCAGCCCUAACUAUAGUUAUACGGUGAUUUUAGUUGUUGCAACUGAGACUUGACCGAGGGUGUUUGGUGAUGGGAGAUCUCAUUUAUAAGCAGCAAAGGGGGUAAUUGAAGGGCUUCAAAUGCCUUUUCCUUUCAAA